AUUGAUGAUAAAGGUAAUAUCAUAAAACAAUUUGCGAUUGCUAAUAGAGUAAAAUUAAAUCCAAAACCAAAGCUUUAUCCUGAUCAUAUAUAUACUAGCAAAAUCAUAAAUACUAAAGAAAUCAUAACAACAUCUCAAG